GAUAACUAAACCAUGACUUUUCAUUGGUUAAGAUGCUACUGACCAUCAUCAUCGGCCUCACACCCGCGCCCAACCAAGCUCCCAGGGUGUAAUUAAUCCGUAGUUAUUAUGUCAGUGAUACAAAACACAGGGAAGAGAUCCCAACACAAUAAUAACGCCAUUUCCCCAGAUUAUUUGCCCCUUUGAUGCUUGGAUUAGACAUAGAACUAAGGUAGCCAUGUUUCUUUUCCUGCAUGUUAUCGUUAUUAUCCCCCGUGAGAGUACAGUAUUGAUUGAUUGAUGAUUGAUGAUUGACUCGUCCCGUAUUGUUUAUUAUUAUUGUUGCUUGCUCGCCCGCUGCCACCAGGCCACAUGACCCGCCAACUAAUAAAUACCUACAUAAAUAAAUACAUCACUACAUAGCUCACUAGCUGCUAGCUUGGGCCGUAUUAUUAUUAUUGAUUUCGAUCUCGACUCCUCGACUCUCUCCGCCCGCCCUCACCACCUUGUCUUUCAUCUUCUCCCCCCCCCCCAGGCUAAUAUUCGCCAUUCCCGCUCGCUCUCUACCGCUAACUACUUUGCCACUUGAUGGUCUGAUCUGAUCUGGCGCUCUUUGUUUCAGCUUACCGCUCAUUCAUCUCUGAUCUCCGCUAGGUUCCAAGGUCGUUCGUUGCUGGGGUCGGUCCUCCCGGCUCCGCUCAGUGAAAGUGUGCUCGCCAGGAGAUCGAAGCUCACCGACAACUGCGAUAAAAAAAAUAAUAAUAAUAAUAAUAAUAAUAAACAAAUCACAUUGUCUCUUCAUCUUCCAUAACUCCAACAACAAACACGCAUGUCUUUUUUGUUCCUUUGUCUAACCUUUUAGCUAGGUCUCUCUCUCUCUCUGUCUCUAUCCCAUCUCUCUAUCUCAUAAGUCCCUGCAAAAGGCGCCCCUUCCACGCGGUCACCUGGACAGGCUCACGUGAAGCCAAUCGGAUUCCCUACCUAUCUAUCCCCAUAACACCUCCUACGCCGAGCUGUUUCUCUGUCCACUCCAACUCCCUUUGAUUUUUCCUCCUCUCCUCGCCCCUGUGUGACCGGAUGUGACCGUAUGCUGCCUGUUCCCACGUCUGUGUCGUCCACGCCUUACAGAUUGGACCGUUGCAUGUGCCCGGCUGUGGAAUGCUUUGCCUCCAUCGCCCAGUGCCCUUGCUGAACCAUGAGGCUCAGCUGACCAGUGGCGAUUAUCCCGCUCUCCCCGUCUGUUGUUGAGAUUUUCUGUUUUAUUUUAUUUUAUUUUAUUUUACUUUACUUUAUUUUAUUUCUUCCUCUUUGCUCACUUAACUUUUCUUUCUUUCUUUUUUCUUCUUCUUCCUUUACUUACUGCUCUCUUUUCCGUGUUUGUGUGCUGUGACGGCUCGUUUUAUUUUGCCUAUUCCUCUUUCGAUGAAGAGAGUUCAGCUCCAAGGCUGUCAAUCCGAAAAGAAGUGGAUUUUGCGAAUCUGUUUUGGCGGGUUUUGUCUUCUUAGUGGCUAGUUACAAUGACAGAAGCUUUGCCUAAAGGCAUCGUCUUACACUCCGAGCGCAUUAGUUCCGAAAUCGAGAGCUUUGGCGGUGUGGAUGCUGAGGAUCUUGCAAAACUAUGGCGAGGUAAGGAUACUUACUUCCCCUUGUCUAUGCUCUCGAAAGAAAACCACCACAAAGCAAAGAAGAUAUUUAUGUUUUGGUUUAAGACACAAUGAGAAAAAGCAAUCCGCGAAUAAACAAUGGCAGAAGACAGCAAGCUCUUGUAUAUAUAUUCUAACAUUUUUUUUCAAUGUAGUCUACACCACAAACAGGUCUACGAUGAAAGCAGAUGAAGGAAGGCGAUUAGAAAAUCUAUUCUGGAGAAUAUGGAGCAACAAUGUCAUUCUACGUACUAUACAAGGUACUACAUUAGCCGGCCUCUUCCUCCAUAUUUCUGAAGGAGAGAGCAUCACCAGAAUGGGUCCAGGCGGGUUAAGAGAAAUCUCACCCUCGAUACCGCGGAUCCAAUCAAGACGGCGCGCAGUUCCAUCUACUUCGAGCGCCCAGCCGCAGAAGCUCCCAACGGGAACUAGUUGCAAAAGUACUCCAAAUGUAUCCCGAAAACCUUCGGUAAAUGCAACUCGGGCGCCAUUACUACCUUCUAUCUUAAAGAAGCCGCGACAGGCUUCCAACGAUGCCCAGAGGCUUCCCGGAGUUUCUACGGCCGGUGCCACUGAUCGUUUCACGGGAAGCAAUACAUCUCUGUCCAUAUCACCGACUGCGGUUUUCGAAGACCCUCUGGGAGAAUCCGUGUCGGAGAAGCCACGAAGGAAAAAGGCGACUUUUGCAUCAAAUAUAACUUCUAUGGAACCGGAGCCGGUGCCAAUGCGGAAAAAUAUCUCUCAGCCACCUUUGGAUCCCCCACCUGCAAGACAUUCGCCUACCCCCGCAUCCUCCGGGGAAACCAGAGCUUCACCCGACCUGUAUGGCCCAUCAGCACCUAGACGGCAGAUAUAUCCCAUACCCAACGAAUCCGCAAUCUCCAUAAGCCCCACCCCUACCCCCAACUCAAGGCCAUACCCCUGGCUAGGCCCAGCAAUGCAACGACCAGGCCCAACCUCAAACCCCACGUCACAUCCUGCUGCUGCUAUAGCAGCCAACCCUAUCCACGAGCAGCAUGCGCAACAACAGAAGCGGAGCAAUAGCUCCCCGACCUCGCAACCGACGCAACCAUCCAAAGUCUCCCUCGUAGAAAAGGAUUUCCGUUCCCGAUUUGUUGAAAAACGGCUACAGGAGUCGCGCAACCCGUCGUUCACUAACCUAGGCAGCUCAUUGCUAACACAAGCCGAUAUCAAGGCAAGCGCUACAACCGUCGUCUCGGGAAACCCGGACACCGUGCGCUCUCGGAAGCUUCAAUCAUCAGGCGACGCAGGGCCGGUUAUGGGUGUCCAAGCGGUUAGAGGCCGGGGAAAGGUUAAGGAAGGAAGAGGAGGCCAUUCCUCCGCACAGAAGCAACAUCCGUCCCGGAACAAUGGUGCCGGUACCAAAGCAGUCGUGGUUGAUUAUGUCCAGGAAGAGGACGACGAGGACGGGGAGUGGGAGGAUAUCGACAGCGAUGAUGACCCCGCGAAUUCAAUUUCGCCAUCCACAUCACAGGCGCAGCCGCCGCAUCAGCACGGCGUGCCUGCAUCCAGCAGACCAUCGCUGGGUCAGUAGCAGAGUCAGUUAAGCGAGAUGAUCGAGCGGGAGAGGAAGUUGAGUGCGACGAUGCAGAAACAGGGGAAACGAGUGUGAAAUACCGGCGGGGUGAAGGGGGUAAUUGGGGGUGCGCAGCGGCGACGAAUGAAAAAGUCAUCCAUACCUACCCCCCCCCCCCCCCCCUCCCUCCCUCCCCCUCUCCUCAAGUUUCGAAUAAAAAUGAAAACAACCCCUCGCCUUCGACCCCGAGAGAAAAAUAUGCGGAUUAGACACAACCAAACCUCGCAGCCGGCCAGGAUUCCAAUCAUUCCAGCUCGCCUAUCUAUCUAUCUAGCUAGCCGGCCUCGACGCACGCCACCGAUAAACCCCUGAACGCAGCAAAGGAGGGUAAAAAAAAAAAGGCAACCUCCAAUCGAAGCAAGCAGGGGAUGAUGCAGAUCAGAUCUAUCUGCCCCUCAAUCCCUGAUAUCUUCGCUCAGCUUACUUACUUACUAGGGAGGGAGGGAGGGAACCUGGGCACUGCGUAGAUGACCUAUUCCUUACAAUUUUCAUCAUAAUCAUAUAAUUAGCAUAUAUAUAUAUAUAUAUAUAUAAUAUACCCUACUCAAUCUCUUCACCAAACUGGAAAGACAAAAGAAAAAAAGAGCUUUUCAUAGAACGAGAUUAUAAUAUAAUAACAUAAUUAUAAAAGAGCGCCUGACCUGCGUCGAUUCCAUUCUACCCGUCCCUACCUACUACUUCACUCCUCCUAGACAUUUUACUCUAACCGUACCGUUCCUGUCGUUGCCUUGCACUGGCUUGCUGGCUGGAUGGCUGUGGUGGUGUGUGUGGUGGUGUGGCGGCUUAAAUACGGGGAGAUAGCAGCAGCCUGAGCCCUUCCUUUCCUCCAGCUUCAUCCCUACUAUAUUAUAUUAUUUAAACACGAUAGAAAUACCAUAGAAUUUGUGCAUGGCAGGUGAUGAAAAUACCCCAUUAUAUUAUUAUUUAUUGGGUGAGGACAACUUUAUCAUGUUGCGCCGCAUGACCUGACCGUGCUUUAAGGGGGGGGGGGGAGCACCAUCAUCCAUCAUCCAUCAUCCCAUCCAGUCAAGCGUUCGUAAGACAAAACUAGUCUGUCAUAUUAAGUUUUUAAGAAUAUAGGCCCAUGAUUCCUGUCAAAUGGGCAAUAAUUGAAAAAAGAAAAAAGGGUCCAAUAACAGACCCAGGUACAAACAAAAAGAAAAUAACCAGUUGGGAGUAACGUAGUUAAAAGGGAGGGGGAAAUGCGAGGGAAACAGAAA